AUGGACGCCUCCUCCCUCCGCAUCUCCAAGUUCGACGGGACCAACUUCCACGCAUGGAUGUUCAAGAUGCAGAUGGUGCUCGAAGUACGGGACCUGUGGGAGGUCGUCAGUGGUGAGGUCAAGGCGGAGCAGUGCGAGACUCAGUUGGACCAAGCGACGUACAAGAGGAAGUCAAGAAAGGCGAUGGCAGUGAUCUGUCUAGCCAUGGAAGAUUCCCAGCUACCGUUGGUCCGGUCGGCAAGUGGUGCAUGCGACGCAUGGUCAAGGUUGGAAGACCACUUCGAGAAGAAGAGUCUUGCCAACAAGCUGUUCUUGCGCCGUCGCUUCUUCACGACAAUGAUGGAAGAAGGCGACGAUGUGCUCGAACACAUCAACAAGCUCAAGACGCUGGCGGAACAGCUAGAAGCGGUGGGGGCUCCAGUCUGCGAGGACGAUCUGGUGAUCACACUCCUCGGCAGCCUGAGUGACUCGUAUCAAUUCUUGAUCACAGCUUUGGAGUCGCGCUCAGACACUCUUAGCUGGGAGCUCGUGACGUCUCGACUGCUUCAUGAAGAAAUGAAGCGGAAGGAGCAAGGAAGUAAAGGUGAUGAAGCUUCGCAAGGUCAAGCGUUCAUCACAAGGGACAAUCAGCGCAAAGGGCGACCAGUGAAGAAGUCCUGGCCGUGCCACAAUUGCGGAAAGAUUGGUCACUGGAUGGCGGAGUGCCCCUCGCGCAUCCAAGAAAACACGGAGAGACACCGGCCACAGCGUGCUCAAGACAGCGGCGACCGCUAUCGAUCACAACGUGCAAACGUCGCUCAAGAAGAAGACUCGGGCGACUACCUCUUUUCGAUCGGUGAAACGACAUCUGCGAAAUCGAGCGACAUCUGGCUGAUCGACUCGGGAGCGACGCAGCACAUGACGUGUUCCAAGAAGUUCAUGCGGAACUACAAGGGGUUUGACGCUGUGGAUGUCCAUCUCGCGGAUGAUGGAAUCGUCCAAGCAAUCGGCAGUGGCGACAUUGUGAUGACAAUGAAGACACCCCAAGGGAUGAAGAAAGGUGUGCUCACAAACGUGUGGCACAUCCCAAAGUUAUCCAGAAACCUGUUCUCGGUCGGCCGCUUCACCAAGGAUGUCGGCCCAGUGACGUUCACGAAGGAUGGGUGCUAUGGAGAAGCGAAAGGGACCAAGUGGAAAAUUGGUGCCCGUGAAGGUAAAGGACUGUUCAAGCUGCAAAUGACUCCAGUGGCGCCGGAACAAGCAAAUGCAGCCAAGUCGUCGGGAUGUCAAGGGGGCACCAAGUCGUACCUCUGGCACCUUCGGCUUGGCCACAUAGGUCACGAUGGACUCAAUUGCAUCGUGACGAAGAACAUUGGAAUUGGCAUCGACAUAUCUUCGGUGAAGAAGUGGGACGUGUGUGAAGGUUGUGCUCUGGGAAAACAGACUCGAGUGCGCUUCCAAUCAAACACUACAGCUCGCACCUCCAAACUCCUCGAAGUGAUUCACAGCGACGUAUGCGGACCGAUGUCGAUGGCAACUUUCAGUGGAAAACGGUACUUCGUGACAUUCAUUGAUGACAAGUCAAGAUACUGUGUCGUCUAUCUGCUCAAGAGCAAAUCUGAAGUUGCGGCGAAGUUCAUGGAAUACGCUGCGAUGGCCGAAACGCAAACCGGAAAGCGCGUGAAGUACCUUCAAAGCGACAAUGGGGGUGAAUACAAGUCCGACAAGCUGGCACGAUUCUGCGCGGAACGGGGAAUACAACAAAGGUUCACACCCCCAUAUACUCCUCAGCUAAACGGAGUAGCUGAGAGAAUGAAUCGCACGCUGGUCGAGUGUGCGCGUUGCAUGAUGGAACACGCUGGACUGGGAAAGAGCUACUGGGGUGAAGCAGUGAUGACGGCGAUGUUUCUUCGAAACCGCUGUCCAACACGUGCCAUUCACCAAGACAAGUCUCCAUAUCAAGUGUGGACGAUGAAGAAACCGAUUCUGGCCAACCUUAAAGUGUUUGGAUGCCACGCGUAUAAGUCAUAUCGAUUUGAGGAAGUGUCAACAGGAGCGAUCAAGAUCAGUCGCGAUGCCACAUUCAUGGAAGACAAGUUUGAUGAAGGUCCGCGCAACUACAACGAUGAGUCAAGUGUCGUUGAGUUUGAUGAUCAUGAUGAGGACGAAGAAAAAGAAGAAGGUAAAACUGACGACGACAUGGACUCGAGCGACGAUGACAACGAAGACACCAGGUCUUCGAAGAGCAACAUCAAGAGACACACGCGCACUCAAUCACUUGAGAAAGCUACCGUCAUUCCAAGUCCCAAGCGAAGAACAUACAGAGGUCCGUCGCUUGAGCAUGUGUCAGCGGCUGCAAUGGAUUUUGAAGCAGCCUACAUCGUUGAUUCAGUGGGGGAAACGCCGACUACAUUCAAGUCGGCGAUGGAAUCAAGCGACUCCGGCAAGUGGAAAGAAGCGUGUGACUCGGAGUUCGAUUCGCUUCAGAGAAACGACACGUGGGAAAUCGUGCCUCUUCCGAAAGGUCGCAAGGCCAUCGGGUGCCGAUGGGUUUUUCGUGUAAAGGAGAAUCAAGAUGGCGAAGUUGAACGUUUCAAGGCAAGACUUGUGGCCAAAGGAUUCUCACAGAAAUUCGAAGUUGACUAUGAAGAAACUUUCGCACCGGUGGCCAAGUUUGAUGAACUUUAG